UGUCCUGCCCUGCACAAAGAGUCCUGUAAGCGCACACACACACACACACACACACAAGUCCCAGCACUGAGAGGCCAUUCCUGUACUGGAGACGGCUGGUGCAGUGUGUUUGUGAAUGUGGUUAUCCACUCGCUUUACAUGCCUUGUGGGAACGACAGGUGAAGAUCCAGGAUGGAGGUUUAUAUUGUGGGGAUCUGCAUCGCAGUAUGUGGAAACUUUCUCAUCAGCAUCUCCUUAAAUAUCCAGAAAUACACACAUGUGCGGCAGUCUCAGCGAGGGACGAAGCCGUACUACACCAGCCGUCUGUGGUGGUGCGGGAUCCUACUCAUGGGUUUGGGGGAGCUGGGGAACUUUGCUGCGUAUGGCUUCGCUCCGGCGUCGCUCAUCGCUCCGCUCGGCUGUGUGUCCGUCAUCGCGAGUGCAGUCAUUUCUGUGGUGUUUCUGAAGGAAACAUUACGUGCUUCAGACAUCCUUGGCGGGGCUUUGGCACUGACCGGAACCUACUUUCUGGUGACAUUCGCCCCUCAUUCAUCUCCUCAUGUCACGGCCAACAUGGUGGAGCGUUCUCUGGUCAGCUGGACCUUCCUGAUUUACUUUAUGUUUGAAAUGAUUCUGUUCGCGAUCCUGAUGUAUUUGUAUAAGUGCAGGAACAUAAAACACAUCGUAAUCAUGAUGAUCUUAGUGGCGUUACUCGCGUCGGUGACGGUGAUCUCGGUGAAAGCGGUUUCAGGAAUGAUCACAGAGACGAUUCGUGGAAGCCACCUGCAGCUCACGUAUCCCAUCUUCUAUAUCAUGUUCAUCAUAAUGGUCACGUCCUGCGUCUUUCAGAUCAAGUUUCUGAACCAGGCCAUGAAGAUGUUUGACGCCACCGAGAUUGUGCCUAUUAAUUACGUGUUCUUCACUGCGAGUGCCGUUGUUGCUGGCAUUUUAUUUUAUGAAGAAUUUUAUGGUUUAUCUUUGAUACAUGUCAUCAUGUUUGUGAUCGGGUGUCUUCUGGCGUUUACUGGAGUGUUUUUAAUCGCGAGAGCUCGCCCCCGAAUCAAGAUGGACCGUGUGUUCAUUUCAAUGGGCCAGAUUCCAGGCAAAAGCUGCACAGACAAAGUGCAGCCACAGUCAGACGACAGUAAAUAUGGAACACUGGCAUCUAAACUCACGUGUAACAGUGGGAUUCAGGACGAGCCGUAGAUGAAGACGCCCCCUGCAGGAGGAACA